AUAAAAAAAAACUGGCAUAGCCACUUUAUCGGAUCUUCGAAAUUUGGCAAUAUUUGGAUAUAUAAAGACACAGAAAAUCGUGACAAGUAUCAGUUAACUGUUUGUUAUUAGCAGAAGAUUGUAUAAAAUAAAACGAAAAGAUGUCGAAAAUAAUCUUGUUUGCCUUAAGCGUGACAAUAGCACAAAGCGCUAAAUUGACAAAUACUCCGGAAUAUAGGCAAGUUCAAAAUCCUACGCACCAAGAUCACGUGCCUGUUCAUCAUCAAGACCAUACAAUGAUCAAUAAGCCAGUAGGAAUCCUUAAUCAAGAAUCCGAAAUAAAUCCGGAUGGAUCUUUCCAUAAUGUCUGGGAAUCAGAAAAUGGCAUCAAGGUUCAAGAAGAAGGAACCGUUAGAGAGCUUGCUAAAAAUGUUGUCGCUCAUACAGUAACUGGAAGAAUCGCGUAUACUGAUAAUGAGGAUAAUGUAUUCACGCUGACUUAUGUGGCUGAUGAAAAUGGAUUCCGUCCUGAGGGAUCACAUUUGCCGACACCGCCGCCAAUUCCUCUAGCAAUUGCAAGGGCACUUGAAUAUAUUGCUGCUCAUCCUACUGAAACGACUUCCGCUCAUAAGGAUGAACCGAUCGUAGAAGCUAAUUAAUCUUUUUACAAUUAUCUGCUUAAUCAAUGGCUAUUUGGAUAUAUUUGUUUUUAGUUAUCAUCAUUCUUUUUAAAAAUAAUAAUUUUUGCAAAUUAAAAAAAAAAAUACAAGUCAGUAAAAUUAUAAAUAAAAAUAAUUUUAAUUUCUUUAA